AUGCGGAAGGGCUUAUCUUUGCUGCCUGCAGGGGUCAUCAUAGGUGGCCCCCCAUGCUGCAUGUUCAUUUUUCUGAGCUGCAGUGUGCACCAGCGUCAUGCUUUUGGACCUCAAGGCAACACAGGAGUCUUCAAGGUUAGAAUGGCCAAUCUAAUUGUGCGCAAUCUGUGCACAUUUCUGCGAAUCCUGAGAAUUCUUGGAAGAGAUUUCUAUGUGGUGCUGGAGCAACCGACAUCCAGUUGGAUGUUCAAGCUUUCCUGGGUUUUGGCCCUUGAAGCGUUGUUGGGAAGCAUUUGCGUGACAACAUGGCAAGGGUGCUUCGGCCAUGAUCUACCCAAGCCAACUCAUUUGUGGGGCACGCUUCCAAACCUUGGGGCCAUGACCAGGAAGAUGACGCGCGCCAAACGAUCGCAAAUUCAGCAGCGUCUGACCAGGCGUAACGCGCGCCGGGUCAGGCCCCGGUUCUACUAUUUCAAGAAGUUUCCUCAGGGUGGGCACACCGGUGGCGUUUCUGGCACGGAGGAUUUGGGCAAGACAGCUGAUUAUACAGCAGAAUUCUGCAGGUCCCUCUUAAGAAUUUGGAUUGUGGCCUUCAACCACUAUCACCAGAUCUGA